CCGUUUUCAAGUCUCAAGGUCGUUUGUGCGAAACUGCAAAAUAUGUUUUGUUUUGUGUAUUUUUUUUGCUAAUAAAAUGUUAUUAUUUCAUUUAUGACUAAAUCGACAAAAUUUGAUCCUUUUUGUCGACAGUUAUACAACUUGUUGAUAAGUGUAACUCUAACCCUCUUACCAAGAUAAAGAAGUUUUUGCCAAAGUGUAUUUAAAUGUAGCUAACAUGAGCUUUAUUUCGAAUUAUGUGGAUAAUUAUACCGCAAGUAUUUACGACAUGAUUGUGGAGUACGUGGACACGGAGUACAGUCUCUGGCUGACGUGGUUCCUCACGCCCGUCAUCGUCACCUUCUUGCUUCCUGCUGUCAUCAUCAUCCUUAUCUACCUUAGCAGUAUUAUAUUCUAUCUCUACAGGCUCUACAGGUUGCGAGUCGUAACAGAAGUACAAAAUGAUUGGAAACACGCGGCCAGACUUGCCGUGUGUGCAUUGUGGGACGCGCAUGGGUGGUUGUGGCACGGUUACGAGAUACGUGGCGUUGAGAACAUACCGGCUGGUCCUUUCCUCGUGAUAUAUUAUCACGGUGCACUCCCGAUAGACAUGUAUUACUUUACAGCGCGGAUGCUGUUAUUCCAGCGCCGGAAUCUCCAUACAGUCGCUGAUAGGUUCCUCUUUAAGAUACCUGGGUGGUCGCAGUUACUGGAAGGGCUGUGCGUGAUUCCUGGGACGGUGGCGACGUGCGCAGGCGUACUACGUUCCGGCAACCCCUUGGCCAUUUCCCCUGGAGGUGUUUAUGAGGCACAAUUCGGUGACCACUGCUAUCGCUUGCACUGGAAAAACCGUACAGGGUUUGCUAAGGUCGCUCUAGAGGCAAAUGUGCCAAUAAUUCCAAUGUUCACACAAAACGUGCGUGAAGCAUUUCGCACAGUGGGUUGGCUUCGUGGGAUCUGUCUUCGGAUAUACGCAGCCACUAGGAUCCCCUUGGCGCCCGUAUAUGGAGGGUUCCCCGUAAAACUGAUCACGCAUUUGGGGAAACCUAUAUAUCCCGAUCCUAGCUUAACGCCUGAACAGCUGCAGCAGAAGGUGGCAACAGCAAUUGAAGAUUUAGUUGAGGAAUAUCAACGCCUGCCGGGCAGUAUUCUACAUGCGCUAAUAGAACGCGUCUACGAAAUGCCCAAGAAAUGUCCUAAAAAGCCCUACACGAACGGUACCUGUAAAAAAGAUACCGCCAAAAAACAGGAUGUCAGUGACAAGUAUGACAGUGACAGAUGUGCCAAUGACAAGGUCAAAGUGUCAUAGUGUAAUUGCCGGUUUAUUGCGUCUAUAAUAUGAUAAAUUUGUUUAAGAUCGCUAGCGCCUCUUAUAUUUCAUGUGACUGAUAGUGUUUUGUUUUAGGAAACAAAUGAAGCAAUCCAAAUAUAUAUAAUUAUAAUAACACGAGACUUAUAGUGGCCAUUUUAUAAUACGAAAUUAAACCAGGGGGCUUAGUCAAGACCCCUUAAUAGUAGUGUACGUAGAAAGUUUAAAACUUAUGAAAUGUAUGUACGACAAUUUGUCGACACGAACUGUCAUUUUCAUACAAAUUUAGUUUUCGACUCUCUAAAUACACUACUGUUCAGGCAUCUUGACAAAGCCCCUUGAGCAGUGUUACUUAAUGUUACAAGAUUUAUUAAGGUCAUUAAACUAAAUUGUAUUUCGAAUGAAUGUAGUUAAGAAAUCAUAUUUUCUCGAUAUAUUUAAAGUUAUCUACAUGUCUAUGAUAGGAGAUUAAAUUUAGGUAUGUUAUUCAUAUGUAGCAGCCUAUUAGCUUAAUUAGCCAUAGCAAUAAAAGUCUAACAAAAUUUUCACAAACAUUUUUUGCUUUGCAAAUAGUUCUAAUUAUUCAUUUGUCUCAUUUACAUUUAAAUCCAGUAUCAAUUGUUCUGUAUAUGCUGGCUAUAUAAAGAUAUGUUUAGAAAUACCUGCCAGGUUAAGAAAUAAAUCUAAAAUCAUUUGUUGGAGUUAAGCCAGCUCAAGACUUUAUUAAAACGACUAAUUAAACUAAUUGUCUGCGACAUAUAAAUUGUAGGCGUAUGAAAUUGUGUAUUGAGAUUAUAUUUUAUAUGUAAUAUUAUUCCAAAUUUUGUAUCAUUAAGAUGCUCUCUUAGACCUUAAUUAAUUGUCUAAUUGUAUAGAAAUUGAAUGCCUGGUUUAUAACUGAUUUUAUUCAUUAAUUUUUUGUAUGAGUUGAGAAUUAUUAUCUAUUUAGUUUUAUAAAUCUGCAUUUAUAUUCGUAGAGUCACAAUAAGGGUUAGAUAUGUUUGUGGCAUAUAAUUUACAUAAUAACAUUAUAUUUAUAUUCUGUGGAAAUAUUCGCAUUUACAAUAAAAUUCAUCGUACAUUUCAUCGUACAGCCAGUGUCGACUAAUAUUGUAACAAUGAUAAAUGUACAAAAUAUGGAAUAACUAUAUAAACUACAGUCACCAGGACUAUUAUAAAGAAAGUAAGUAUAACUCUGUAACUUCAAUCAGGGUUCCCAAUAAUUAUCAUACAUUAGUGAUAGUCAUAACGUUAUACGAUUUUACGAUAAAAAAAUUUAUAAAAUAAAAUUUAUGUCACCGUAAAAUUGUAAAUACCGUUGGGUUGUAAUCUAUCUCGCGAGAUUGUGAACUGUCGAAGGAUUGUGAACCUCAACAUACUGCUUACAAUUUAACUUAUUAUGAUUCUGUAGAUUGUAAUCUAAGUGUAACCGUCACAUUGUAAAACGGAACGCACCUCGCGCGCUGAUUGGUUGAACGGCAUAUGCCCGCGCCACCAUAUUUGUUUGUUCUAAGGUCUACUAUAAUUUCGACCAAUCAGGGACAGGCUUCGGACAGUUGACAAUUUGAAAAUUUUAUGUAUAAAUAAAUAUGAUUGUAAUUUGAGGGUCUCACUUUGGCAGAUUACAAUCUACCGAAAAAUAAUACGUUAAAUUGUAAGCAGUACGUUAAGGUUCACAAUCUUUCGACAGUUCACAAUCUUACGAGAUUGCAACCUAACGGUAUUUACAAUUUUACG